AUGACCGUAGUCUCAAAUGAUCCCACUUGGUGGCCAACCAUCAAUGCAUAUCGUUUUUCAAGCUAUUUUUUUCUUGCCGCCUUCGUUGGAGUGAUGUAUGAUUGGGCACUUACUUUUGGACAAGAGGUCGAAUUAGUUUGGAGGCAGCGUUGGUCCCUAAUGACAGUGCUGUAUCUCAGUGUGCGCUACCUUGGAAUCGUAUAUGCUGCCCUGAACAUGCUGAGCUGGAUUAUGUUCAUCGUAUUGGAUUGGGUGUUUGUUUUGAUGUUGUCUAUGCUGUGGGUUAUCAUCAUCACUCGGUUGCAUGCCAUGUAUCAAGGAUCCAGAAAUAUCCUGAUACUUCUCAUUGUUGCCUUCCUGGCUAUCAACAUUUUCGAUGGAGUGGCAGUCGUAAUGACAAUGUUGCAUUCUUCAGAAGAGGAACUUAUUCUCUCCGGCACUUAUCAAUGUUCGGUUGCAGAUACGGAAGAUGUCUCACAUCUGGGUUCUGUUUGUUGGAUACUCAACACAGUGUGGGAGGUUCUCACACUGUGUCUUACACUCUGGAUCGCGGUACAACACUUCCGUGAACUGCGGCAACAUUCGGCAAGAGGGAUUAUCAAGGACUGUCUCACAGUGUUGAUACAAACUCACGUGCUUUACUUUGCGAGCUUUGUUGCUGUUUCUUGCUUCGAGCUCAUCAUUGAUUUAUCUCCAACACUUUCAACGGGAUAUUCCCUGGACGCUCAGAUUUAUUCGGGGUUUCUUGCGAUCUUGGAGGUUGUGCAGAUGUUUGUGCUGGGACCACGCCUGAUCCUCGGCGUUCGAGAGUACCACGCAAAACUCGUGGCCAAUUCCGAUGUAGUAACUGGUAUGACCUCGAUUUCUUUCCAGCAGCGCGUGCAUAUAUCGACUGGGAACAGUGUGUAA